CCUUUAUAAUGAGCCAACUGUUGAACCAAUAUAAUUUCCUUCCUCCAUCUCACUCUCUCUCAAACGCACAAUUUAAGUAGUUGCUGCAUCAAUGGCAGAGGCAGGAAAUCUAUAUCCUUACCCAUCAACGCUUAAUAUAGCCAAUUUUGUAACAGUUAAACUGUCUGAUUCUUCCAAUUAUAGUAUAUGGAAAGCACAAAUGCUUUGUCUUCUCGAAUGUCAAGAAUUAGUUGGUUUCAUAGAUGGAACUUACCAACCACCCUUAUUAGAUAAUUACUUGAAGUGGAAAAGAAGUGACCGGCUUGUUAAAGGAUGGAUUCUUGGCUCUCUUACUGAAGAUAUGCUUCAGUUUGUGGUUGAGAAAGUCAGUACUGCCAGAGAUGUUUGGUUGGAGUUGAAGGAUAUUUGCUGCCUUAUAUCGUUAGACAAUUUUGAAGCAGAAGGUAGCACAGUGCAGCCAAUAAUUGAGGAAGCAGAGAGCACAGAAACAGAGCAAGAUUACAAGUACUACUUGCCACUAUACAAGGCUUCGCUAUGUGGUGAUUGGGAAAAGGCAAAAACAUUCUUGAAAAAAGACAAUGAAGCAAGUAGAGCUCAUAUCACUUCCUUUUUACAAACAGCACUUCACAUUGCAGUUGGGGCGAAGAAAAACGAUAAUGCUAAGUUUUUCGUGGAGAAUUUGGUGGCUUCAAUGGCGGAUUAUGCGUUAGCUGUAAAAGAUAGUUUCGGGGAAACGCCUCUACAUUAUGCUGCUCGGUUUGGCAACUUAGAUGCUGCAAAAAUUCUUGUCAACAGAAACUCUAAUUUGGCUCAUGUUGCAUCCAAAAAUGGCCUUUAUCCGAUUCAUGUAGCAGCUGAAUAUGGUUACAAACAUGUGGAUCUGGUUCGUUACUUCUUCAGUGUCACCAAAGAUCUUGCUCCUUAUACUGGUCGGAAUGGUGUUAGGCUGCUUUAUCGAUUGAUCUGCUCGGACUUGUACGAUUUUGCGAUGCAUUUGGUAAAAUGUUUUCCUGAUUUGGCAAAAUAUACUUCAAAUGGAUCAUCUCCUUUGGCGCUGCUGGCUACAAAGACGUCCGCAUUCGUUGGUACAAGUCGCGUAAGCUCUCAGAAGCCACUAUCUUGUAAGUUAAAUUUGCUUUUUUUCUUCCGUGUUUUUUCGAUUAUUACAUUAGCCACUGUUAUCUUAAUUUAAAGGUAGAAUAGCCUGAUAGAUACUUGUACUUGUUUGUGUUUGUCAUUCUGAUCCCUAUAUUCAACGAAGUUUCAUCCAGACACCUGAACUUAGUCAAAACAUAUAUUUUAAACUUGUCUAACAAUUGAUUGAGCUUAUGUGUCAUUGAUUUUGUUAAGUCGAAAAAAUGAGUGAUUAAACGCUCUAAAAAGGAGAGUGGAUAUAUUAAUUUUGAUUUAAAAAUAAUAAAAACCAUAAAAAGAAAAAGAGUAAAAUAAUUGCCCAACCCAAGCAUCCCUACCCCUUCGGCCUUAUUGUCUCCCGUUUUCCCCAUCUUCUUCUCCCCCCUCUUUCCUAUCGUAACUCCCCCCGCACCCCCACCCCUUGGCCCUUUGUGGAUAGUCAGCAGGAAAAUUAAAAGUUUAGGUAAUAGCUAAAUAAACAGAUCUGUCAAGGUGGUUAAAGUUUUUAAAGAUAUCAAGAAGCUAUGAAAAUGCAAAGUAACUUUUCCAGUGAUUUUUUCUAUGACCAUGUUCAUCAGUCUAUGAAGGUCAUGGGUUUUCCAAAGUAGCCUGGUGAGUGGAGAGAAGUAGGUGGUGGAGUUCGUUAGUGAUUAUUUUCCAGCGAUCUGAUUUUGCUUUGUAGUGGUCGACAGUGAAAUACUUACAGCGAUGUAGUUCUUUGUUUUCUAGUGAUGGUACGCUGCUCGUUGAUUGUUGCUCCCUUUUUGUCUCUUUAAAUUAGAAAAUUACUAUGGUAAUCUGAAUUUUACCUAAAAUAGUGAGAGUAAGGAGAUGAAGCAAGAUAGAAAGUUUGUCAAAAUUAAAGAGUUUUAUGUAUAUGAAUCGGGGUUUAAGAGCUCAGAAAGGAGGAAAGAGAGCAAACGGUGGAGACGACUCCGAUUUUCCGAUUGUUUCUCGGUGAUAAGGGUCGCCGACAGCAUAUGUAGAUGUGGAUGGAUUUGAAAUAUUUUUAAAAAGUAAUAUUUAAAUAAAUAAAGAUAUGGCACUAAUUUAUCUGAUGUGGACAUAAUAUUCUCUCCACGUCAGGGCGAGUGACCAACACGUAAUGUCGAAGGGGUUUAAAAUACAUGUUUUGACUGAGUUCAGGUGUUUGGAUGAAAUUUCGUUGAAUACGGGGAUCAGGAUGACAAACACGAACAAGUACAUGUGUCUCUCAGGCUAUUAUGCCUAAUUUAAAAUAAAACAAAAAAUAUAAGAAUUAGGAUGUGUUUGGUGUGGAGGAAAAUAUUUUUCCAUGGUUGGUUGGUUUAAAUGUUUUGGAAAAUAUUUUCCUCAUGAACAUGUUUUCCCUGUCAAGAGAAGGAAAACAUUUUUUAAAACUCUUUUUCAACUUUUCCAACCCUAUUCUCUAUCUCCACCUACCCA